AUGAUUCGAACUUUUUUAUCACGACGAAUUUGCUUCGGUUUAAUUUUGUUACUCGCCUUUGGGUCAGUAUUCCUAUAUGUCCAUAUCUGCCGCUCACAAGAUAUCCCAAUUUUUCUACAUAUGCUUCCUCAUAAUGUGACAGGUUCAGAAAAUCUUGUUGUGUCACAACGACAAGAAUGUCCUAAGAAAAGCCCUCAGGCUGUUGGGCGUUUAAAAAUCGAGACUAAAGUACCUACUUGGAUUUCUUUAAUCGAGAAAUAUACAUCAUCAUCCCUUCAGAGUAAAGUCAUUCUUUCGAAAGAUGGCAACUACUCAUCUCCCCAUAUGAAUUGUGUGGGGAUUCACAAUGGGUCUCUUAAUUCCCCCAAUAAUACUGAUUUAUCAAAAAAAUGCAUCGGAUUGUGGCGUCCAGUUAUAUGCGAUCCAACUGAAAAACUGGCUGUUAUUGUUCCGUACCGAAAUCGAGAUAUUCAUUUGCGUAUAUUUUUAGAACAUAUGCAUGCCUUUCUACGAAACCAGCUGCUUAUGUAUACCAUUUUCGUUAUAAAUCAAGCUGGUACAACUCAUUUUAAUCGCGCUCUUCUUCUGAAUGUUGGAUUUAUCGAGUCGAAGCGGGUUGCAAAUUUCGACUGCUUCAUAUUUCAUGAUGUGGAUUUAUUACCUGAAGAUGAUCGAAAUUCAUAUCGUUGUGCCAAUCAACCGAAACACCUAUCUGUUGCUGUGGACAAGUUUAACUACCGUCUUCCUUAUCUUACGAUUUUCGGCGGAGUUGUGGCAUUCACCAAGGAACAGUUUAUAAAGGUUGGUGGAUUUUCAAAUGUGUAUUUCGGAUGGGGUGGAGAAGAUGAUGAUUUAUACGCUAGAGUAGUUCAUCAUAAUUACAGCAUUAUACGUUAUCCUGAAGAAAUUGCACGUUAUAAAAUGAUAAGUCAUAAGAAGGAUCCGAAUAAUCCGGACAAUCCUGAACGUAACAAACUUUUGAAGAAUGCACCAAGUCGCUUUAAAACAGAUGUCCAUAAACAGGUGAUAAGAUUCAGCUCAUUCCGACUAUGUGUGUUGUCAUAA